AUGGCAUCGGCAGGCCGCAUCGGUAACCCGCAGAUGUCCUUGAAUACAGACCCCAGAGUCAAUAAGGGGCUUUUGAAAGCGCUGAUCGCUCAUGGCAUGCAGCAUAAUGCCUUCCUCUCCACGACCUUGACUCCGGAUGCAACAAUAAAAGACAAGGUGGCUUUUGCACGUCACAGUGAGCGCGAGUUUGAAGCCAUGAUCGCGAAAAUGCGAUUUGAAGUAGACCAGAAUCGACAGAUGCCUCGAGUUUCCUGCACCGAUGUCUCGAUUUUCGGCUGUCAUGACAACGAUAUCAGACUGACCAUAUAUCGCCAGCAACAAAUGGACAACCAAUAUCUCCCCGGUGUGAUCUAUUUCCAUGGCGGAGGAAUGGUCAUGUUGAAUACGAAAAACAAGCUACACACAUCAUACGCUCAAUCGAUUGCGGAGCUAGGCCUCAUUGCUAUUCUUGUCGACUUCCGCAACGUGCUCCGCAGGGAAGACCUGCCAAACACUGAAGGGAUACCCAAUUAUUUCCCUGCUGGCUUGGAAGACUGCGUUUCAGCAACGGAUUGGGUGUAUAAGAACGCAUCUGCACUCGGAAUAAGCAAAAUUAUCCUCCACGGCGACAGCGGAGGCGCAAACCUGGCACUCGCCACAGCGUUAUGGCUAAAUAAGCAACAAAAGACCUAUGACAGAAGCAUUGUUCCAAUCGUGGAUGGCGUCUUCGUCAUUGAUCCUUACAUUAGCGGCGCGUAUCACCAAUCUACUGCCUGGAAGCUUCUCAACCUCCCGUCACUGGUUGAAUGCGAUGGCUACGACGUCAGCUGCGCGGCGUCUGCAAUCUAUGCGGCUUUGUACAACGGAGAAGAAGGAGCUGCCACAGCGAUGGACAGCCUGGCUUGGCCGUAUUGGGCGACAGAGGAUGCGAUGCGAGGGCUGCCAGCACAUUUCAUCACGGUCGCUGAGCUUGACCCGUUGAGAGAUGAAGGAAGAGAGUACUGGAAGAAAUUGGAACGCGCUGGUGUGCGAUGUCAAGGAAAAGUUCGCAAAGGUGUCACGCACACGGCGGAAUUAUUGUUCAGGGGCUGUGGCUUGGAAAAGGAAUUUGUUGAGCUCCUUUGCAUGUUGAAGAAUUUUGCGGAAAGUGUCUGA